AUGUCUGAAUUUGGAAGGCACCAUUCUUUGCCUCGGACCAAUCAUGAGACUACUCAAUUAUUGAGUCAACCAUUGGAUGAGUCUUUAAAAAGUACAGAACAUUUACUGAGGGGAAAUGCAAAUAAUUUCAAUCAUGGUCAUUAUCAUUCAUUUUCGCAAAAGGAUCAAGAAUGCUUUGCAUCUUUGAAUUCAACUGCGUAUUAUCAAGAGGAUGACGAUGGAAUGGAUGAACACCAAGAUGAUACCAAUGAAUUAUCCGAAGAAUUACUCAUUGGAGAUGCAUCCAACAAUCGUCAUCAUUCUCAUGAAUUCAAUGAAUUCAAUGAUUCAGUCAUUGAACGAAUUUCUCCAUAUGUUCAAACACAAGCCAGUUCUUCUCCAAUAACCAUGACACCUUUUUCGGCAGAACAUGUCGAAAAGUCCAAUAAUAAACGAAGAAGCAAGAAACAACCAAAGAAUGAACAGAAAGCCAAGUUGGAUUUUCAUUUUCUGAAACGGUUUUUUAUUAUCAUUGGAUAUUGUUUGAGAGUGAUUGAAAGAAAUAGUGACUAUCACGUUUUGGAUGAAAACGGAAAGAGAAUUGUGCGUAAACGAUGGUGGUUUUUCAAAGGAACAACGAAGAUUGUACAUAGUGAAUCAGAGAAUGGCAAGCAAACAAUUGCUAAAUUUUGGAAUAAUUUAUCGAUAUUCAAUUGGCUUUUAGUCAUGCUGUUUUUGGUUGUGUGUGUCGGGGAGAUUUUAUUAGGAAAUGAAGUUGGAAAGAUUCCUGGAGCUUUUUAUAAGGUGAUUAUUGAUGCUUCAAGUACAAAAUUUUCAGAUUCUGGUCCCUUUGUUAAAGUGAUGCUCAUAAGUUUAUUAUGGAUUUGUGGAAUUACACUUGUGAAAACAUUUAGACAAUUUGUGUUGGAUUGUGUGCGCUUGUUUUGGAGAAGAAAUUUAACCUUCCAUUUACAGAGAAGAUAUUUUGAAUAUAGAAAUUAUUAUAACAUGAUUGUGUUAGAUAAACGAGUUGACAAUCCCGAUCAAAGAAUAACCAAAGAUGCUGAGAAUUUUAUUGACAUGACCUGCAAAUUUGUGGAGAGUCUUUUUACUGGACCUAUCACAGUGUUUUACUACACCGUGACAGUUUAUUUAAACCUUGGAUGGCAAGGUCCACUCUGUUGCUACGCCUUUUUCAUUAUUGGAUCCAUCUUGAACAAGCUCAUCAUUUCUCCAAUUGCUAAUUUGUGGUUCAUUCAAGAAAAAUAUGAAGGAAAUUUUAGGUAUACUCAUACACAGAUACGCUCAAAUGCAGAGUCCAUUGCGUUUUAUGGUGGUGACGCAAAUGAAAGAAUUAUUCUUAAUCAAAAAUUGAAAGGUACUAUUAACAAUCGACGAAAAAUUGUCAUGUGGAAUAUUUUGUUGAAUGGUCAUAUGAAUCUGUUCGGCUACAUUGGAAGCAUUUUGGCAUACAUGAUCAUUGCUCUCUCAGUAUUUGUGAUUGGAAACUUUGUUGACAAUAAUGAAUCAGCAGGAAACAUUGCAGAUAAGAUUUCAGUGUCCUCCUUUCAAGUCAUGAUGCUGAUUUCUGGCUUUACAACUUUCAUUCAAACGGGUUCAGAUUUAUCAGAGCUAGCUGGAUUCACUGCAAGAUUAGGCGAAAUGAAAGAAGUGAUGGAUGAGCUUGAAAAAAAUCCAGACUAUAAAACCCACAGCAAGCUCUCACUCAGUCAUUCAACCAAUUUCGAAGAAUGUGACAGUACAGGAAGCGUGUCUCACAUUGAGUUCAAAAACGUGAGUGUAUUUGUUCCCAAGACUCUGGAAAAGUAUUACACAGGAACCUGUUUGGUUGAAAACCUUUGCUUUAGAAUUGAGCAAAAUCAACAUACCAUCAUUACUGGACCCAGUGGAAGUGGAAAGAGCUCCAUUUUGAGAAUUUUAGCAAAUUUAUGGCCUCAUAAAAUUGGUCAAGUCAUCAAGCCAACCAGCUCAUCAGAUCUCUUCUACGUUCCUCAAAACCCAUAUAUUUGUACAGGUACUCUGAGAGAUCAAAUUACAUAUCCGUUGAAGACGGAAAAAGGAAACACACAAGACAAUCCUAUACUCUUUGAUGCCAUUUGCAAAACAAAACUGCAAUAUAUUUUGGAUCGUGUGGAACGUGAUUGGGAUGUUGAAUGUGAUUGGAAUGCAUUGCUAAGUCCUGGUGAAAAGCAACGAUUAGCACUUGCACGACUGUUCUAUCACAAGCCCAAAUUUAUCAUCAUGGACGAAUCUACCAGCGCAUGUGAUGUAAAUGUUGAGGAACUCAUCUACGACAGUCUCGUUAAACAAGGUUCUACGCUCAUCUCUGUGGGUCAUCGCCCAACACUCAUCCAAUUUCAUACACACAUGUUAGAAAUUGAUGGUAGUGGAAGCUGGAAUUUCUCAGAGAUUAUCAGGAAAUGA